AUGAUCCAGCUAAAAGUAUUCUACAAUAUUUCUUUUCCGGAAGAUCGAUGCGAACUAAUUACAGCGCACGAAAGUGAGGUGUCUGCCUUCGAUGAUCUCAUGCGAAUCGUGAGGAACAAAUUAGAGUGUUUACAAUUUAUUCCUGAUGAAGAAUUGCGGAUUCAGUACAAGGACGAUGAGGGUACUUUCGUCAACUUGCGGCUUGGAGAUUCGCUUCACGAUGCCUUAAGAUGUGCCCAACCAGUGUCAGGUACAACAUUCAGAAGGCUAAAAAUCAAAAUCCAGUGGCAGCCAAAAUCAACUCCAGAAAUUAUAUCCAUCAAGCGACGUGAAAUUACUGAACGUGAGAUAAUCGGCGAAACUGGUGUCACAGGUGCAGAAUCGAAAAAGCGGCUGUUAUUUAAUUUGGAAAAAUCUAAUUUUUCAACGGCUUCAGUUGCUGGAAUGAAUGCGCUAGGCUCUAGUGAAUGUUUCUCCACGGACAACGAGUUUACCAGCAAGUCGCCACCACAUAAACAACAACGAAUUAACGCGUGGCGCGAUAAAUCUGCAAACAGUCGCGAAGAAAUCGCAACACUAACAGUCAAUUCUUCUGAUCAAUAUAAAUCGCCGUUAGAUCUUUUAAUACAAGACAAGCAGGUUGAGGUGGAGAAAGAAAGCCAAAAAGUAACCGAGCUCCAGCGGGAACUGGAAAGACUCUCAGCUGAUUACGGAAAACAUCCAGGUAUAUCGAUUAUACUAGACCAGCGUGUACAAAUUGCCACCGCAGAGAGGGACAUAACAGAGUUAACUGCCCCUAUAAAGGACGUCCAUGCACUUCUUCGAGAUUCUGUGGUGAUUUGAACAAGCAUAAGGACGAAAAGGAUGCUGUCUCCGCCGCAGCAAAUAGGCUUCAAUCCGCAAAGAAAUGCCUUCAAAAGUUAAAAAACGAUCUGGCUAUGAAAUCGGGUCUGAAAAUUCAAACUACGAAUUCUUUUUCGAGUGUCAUGCGAACACGUUUAAUCAGUGAAUGUAUCGUUAUCUCACUUCUCAGGGUUUUGAGAACUGGCGUCAAAUUAACCUGGAUCUGA